GUCAGUGCGGCGGUUGACUGUUGUUCUCAAAGACAACAAUCAGAGGUUCAGUCUAGUUCUACCCAGGUUCUACCACCGGGGGAAAUGCGCUCGCUCGUCGGACUAGUCAUUGUUGUGACCGUAGCCAGCUUGUAUUUGUACUAUCUGUCUCUGUACCUCCCAGCCCCGCCACGGAGACGUCCUCCUUCCGGAGCCACGACCACGACCGAACAUGCGGAAGGAAAGGAGUCCGGGCAUCUCGGUGACACUCCUGAGGAGACCAGCAGGCUGAAGUUCCCAUCAGACUUGGAGGAGCUGAGGGAACUGGCUGAGCUCCUGCAGUUCUAUAAAACCGAACACACUGGUUAUGUUCUGCUGCUGUUCUGCAGCGCCUACCUCUACAAGCAGUCCUUUGCCAUUCCUGGAUCAUCGUUCUUGAAUAUUCUUGCAGGAGCUAUCUUUGGACCCUAUGAAGGGCUGUUGCUGGCCUGUGUGCUCACCACGGUGGGCUCCACCAUGUGCUACCUCCUGUCCCAAGCCUUUGGAAAGCAUUACAUCAUGAAUCUCUUCCCUGAGAAAGUGUCCAUGCUGCAGCAAAAGGUGGAGGACAACCGGGACUGUUUGUUCUUCUUCCUGCUCUUCCUGAGAUUCUUUCCGAUGACUCCCAACUGGUUCCUGAACAUGUCCGCUCCGAUAAUCAACAUCCCCAUCACGUUCUUCUUCUGCUCAGUCUUCAUCGGCCUCCUGCCCUACAACUUCAUCUGUGUGCAGACGGGUGUCAUGCUGUCUGAGGUGCCGUCUCUGGACGACCUCUUCUCCUGGGAAAGGCUGCUGCAGCUGCUGGCCAUUGCCUGCGUGGCUUUGCUGCCCAGUGCCCUCAUCCGCCGCUUCAGCCAGGGUCACCUCAGACUGGGCGUCCGUUCUCAGAACGGAGUCGCCACGGAUGAGAAAGCGCAGUGACUUAAUGCUCCGGUGCCUUCUUCUCAGAAGGAUAAAUGUAUUUAAAUUGGUGAGCUGUCUGGAAAACGUUCGACACAUCGGUAUGUAAAUGUAUGCAGUGGUUUUUGUCUUCUGGGACCUCGUGAGGAUGAACAGAAAUGUCUGUUUUUACAGGGGGAAAAAACUGUUGGCACACAGAUGGGAGGUUUUUGUGACCAUGUUUUGGUGUAUGAAUGUAGUGAAGAGGAGGAUGGAUUAUAAGGAAAGGAUUGUGCUUGCCGUCAUGAUGAGUGCUGCCGUUGUUGGUGUUCAAAGUGCUCGCUGUACAGUUUUGGCUCUUACAUUCUACCUCUGUGAUGGCAGAAGGCCUGGCCAUAUUUAUAGACGGCUAGGGUUUGAAUUAGUUUGGAGAAUACGUCCAAAUAGAUCCACGCGAUCUAUGUUCAGCACCAGAUCUUCUGUGUGGACGAGACAAAUGAUCAGAGACAUUUUCUUGUUUUAUUUAGCCAUUCUUGUAUAAAU